ACCACAACGCGUUUCUAGUGUCAGAACCUUUUGCCUCUUUCUCCUUGGAACAUUUGGACGAGUUCUUUUAGCAUCAUUCUAUUCUUGAGAAUUUUUUUCUACGACAAAGUCGAAACACUCUUGCAACCGAGCUUCAUGCCCACGAAUAACGUUCAGGCUCUUCUUUCCACAAAUGUCCCAGAUCCGAGCGAUUUCCCUAUGUCAGACUUGCGACAACUGGAUGCGAGUCUGCGGUGCACAAUUUGCGGCGAAUUAUACGACGCACCCAUAACACUUUCCUGCGGGCACUGCUUUUGCUCACUUUGUAUUCGAGAACAUAUUGUCAAAGAAUCGGAGUGCCCGAGCUGCAGGAAAUCGACAAGUGAAGGACAAUUUAGGAUAAAUCCAGUUCUUGAGGAAGCAGUGAAUGCAUGGAAAACCGCACGGUCGACUAUUCUCCGGCUCUCCCGUGAAGAACAAGACCGUACCAAGAGGAAGCGAAAAGAACAAACACCCUGUCAGUCUCAAACCUCAUUGACCAACGGUAAGAAGCGCAAGCGCCGCAUCAGUUCAGUUUCUUCCGAUUCGGAUGUGGUUAUCGUACCCGGUCCUUCUAAUUCAAGUCAGCUUGCCUCAUCCCCGGUGCCAAGUAAAUCCAGGCGUUCGAGAAGGCAAGACAUGGAGCCUUCGUCGGAUCCACAAGAGGAAGAAAUGGUGCAAGGGGGUCAGAUGGUAAACUGUCCCGUCUGCAACAUGUCUAUUGUCAUCGGAGAUAUCAACACGCAUUUAGACUCGGGAUGCCAGAAAAAUUUAUUUAAUGCAUCCGGUGCUGCGACAUCCGGCGCCAAACAUCAAUGGUCAGAAUUAUUUUUUAAAAAAGGAAAGAGCAGGGACAACGGAAUUGGCGUGGACAUUGCAACGGAGCGCAUACCCAAGGCCUCGUAUGAUCUAUUGAAGGACAAACAAGUCAAAGACUUGUUGCACGCGCACAAUUUAUCUGUCCUCGGUGACAGGAAAAUGUGGAUCGCUCGACAUAAGCGCUGGGUCAUGAUUUUCAAUGCCAAUUUGGAUAAGUCUGUAUCUAACAGGAAGAAUACGAAAGAAUUACGCAACGAAUUGAAGAAUUGGGAAGAUAGCAGAAAGCGAAGACAUCUUGUGGAUAAUACAAGAACUCAUAUGUUGAAUAACCAAGGAGAGUUUGCACGGCUAAUUUCCGAAGCGCGGAAUAGCAAGGCUAGAAAAGACUCUAGUCCGACAAUCGGGCGGCAUCCUUGUCAAGAUGAUGACGUAGUUGCAGGUUCUGAAGAAGAGGAUCAACCACUCUCGUAAGCCAACUGUCCCUAUCCUACAGACAUGUAUUAUACGUUGUGUUUUGUCCUGCUUUUCGGCAGGUAGCGAGCGCGUGAUGUGGAUACAUCCCUUUCCCAGGAGCUGUGUGGGUAAUCAAUUUCCUUUUUUGACCCUCAAAUUUGGAUACGUUCAAGUGGUCCACUCAGUUUGGUUGGUGGUCGUGUGGUUCAAAACAAGGUACCUCCGUGGAGCC